AUAAGGAAACCCACGAAGAAGUAGACCCGGAAGUACAGAGAGCGGGAGAUUGGAAAACGUAAAUAAACCUUUUACUGCGGAUUUCGGAAACUGUCUAAAUAUUUGGCAAAAUGCUGAAGAAGGCUCCAAAACUAAAAAGUACAAUUAAAGCGAAAACAACGAGUAAACUUAACGUGAGGCCUGCGUCGGAGGCGAUGGUGGAGUUGCUGACACUGAUGUUUCUAAACAGCCUGGCAGAGGAGGCUAAGGCCAAAGCUUUUGAGGAGAAGUCUGCGAUAAUUAGAGCUAACCACGUCAAAGCAGUCUCCAAGAAAAUCCUGAAAAAGGCCAGAGGAUGAAGACAGACACACGGAACACAUUAUCAUCAUGAUAAACAUGAUUAUGGAUGACAGCUGCAAUAUUAUUUGUUUUAUCAUUUCUCUAUUUUUCUGGCUUCUGUAUAUGACAUUUUAUGUAAACUAAAUUAACCUAAUGUUUUUUUCUUGUCAUAUUUUGCUAACUUUUAUUAAACUUGUUUAUUUAAAUGCC